AUGCAUCCCAGUGAGGAGAGCGUUGGCAUGGUCAGCCCUUCCUCUAAGGAAGAGGCAGAAGAGGAGGCAUCAGACCAGGAGACGGGCAGCACGGCCGAGUCCUCCGAGGGAAACCCUUCCAACAUGGAGGAAGAGGAGGACGGAGAGAAUGACCCAGAGGAAGAUGAGGAGGAGGAGGAAGAAGAGGAGGAAGAGUAUGAGCAGGAGCAAGGGGAUCGCAGAGCCAGGAAUGCGCCAAAUGAUUACGACACUCGCAGUGAAGCCAGCGACUCCCAGUCUGAGUCGGUGUCCUUCUCUGAGGGGGAGUCGGUUCACUCUGGCUCUGGGUCUGACGCCUCAGGUAAUAAACACCUGGACAACAUGGGCUAUGUCCCGAUUUAUCUGUCCCUCCUUCCAAGUGUGCACUUGUUCACUUCCCUUCAUGGAUUAAGAAGGACAUUACUCGUAUAAGAAAAUGGUGGACAUUCCGUCUAGCUUAUGCCUACACCAAUCCAAUGUUUAUACAGGAAGCAGUCAACGAAUGCACACUUCAGGAGGAAGAAGAGAUUAUUGGGACUCUCUUUCCUUUCACUAUCGUUGUCAGACUCUCUUUCCUUUCACUAUCGUUGUCAGACUCUCUUUUAAUCACCCACACGUUACACCCUCCUAGGUCACUGUCGUGGUAAUACCAUGAUCACGUUACACCCUCCUAGGUCACUGUCGUGGUAAUACCAUGAUCACGUUACACCCUCCUAGUCCACUGUCGUGGUAAUACCAUGAUCACGUUACACCCUCCUAGGUCACUGUCGUGGUAAUACCAUGAUCACGUUACACCCUCCUAGGUCACUGUCGUGGUAAUACCAUGAUCACGUUACACCCUCCUAGGUCACUGUCGUGGUAAUACCAUGAUCACGUUACACCCUCCUAGUCCACUGUCGUGGUAAUACCAUGAUCACGUUACACCCUCCCAGUUCACUGUCGUGGUAAUACCGUGAUCACGUUACACCCUCCCAGUUCACUGUCGUGGUAAUACCGUGAUCACGUUACACCCUCCCAGUUCACUGUCGUGGUAAUACCAUGAUCACGUUACACCCUCCCAGUUCACUGUCGUGGUAAUACCGUGAUCACGUUACACCCUCCUAGUCCACUGGUGUGGUAAUACCAUGAUCACGUUACACAAAAAGUGGCUAUUUGAAGAAUCUCAAAUAUAAAAUAUAUUUUGAUUUGGUUAACAAAUGCACUGACAGUUUUAAAGCAGAACUACCAAUUAAAACAAACCUGUUUUAAUGGAAAAGCCCCAAUCAGCAGUUAAGAUGUGCAAUCAGCAAGAUGUGAGUUGUGUCCACUCCGGUAGCCGACACACCCCUGCUGCUAAAACUCUUAAUUUUCCACAGUACAUUUGGUAACAAUGACCCGGCAAAUUACAUUGGUUGUGCCUCAAUUAAUAAAGCCUAUGAUUUUUCCAUGCAGAUGUCGCCUACCAAUGUUAGAACAGGGACUGGGUAGGUCUCCCUCUCGUUGGCGCCAUCAGCUGUCGUCUUCCACACUGUUAGGACCGUUAUCGGACUUGUGGAUCGGUGUCAUGCUCAGUUACAUGCAGAAAAAGGUUUUAAUGGGCUGAAGGAGAGUACGCAACAAUUCAGUCACAACAGAUUUAGAGGUAUUUUCAGAAUAAGGCGGGAAAAACAUUUAGUCAACCGCCCGGUUCAUAACAUUGGAAUCGGUUUACAUACCGAUGCUCCCUUUUGGAUCAGUUUGGGCUCUCGCGGACCGAUGCACUAGAAUCUUAAACAUUUGAACCGGGGACCGAUGCGUAUCUGUGGUGUAAUAUCCUGAAAGCUCACUGUCCGCUUUGCUGCACCUGUCCGUGUAUGUCUUUCAUUGCUUGAAGAAUCAAUGUAUAGAUUUAGCUCUUGUUCUGAGUUUUUUUUUGCAGCCAUGGCAUGUGCUAUGAAUAAGUUAUUUGCAUGCAUUUGAAAACGGUGUGGCGUUCUCCAGGUUCUGAGAAGACGCGUGAGAAGCUGUCGUCGUCUGUCCGCGCCGUUCGCAAGGACCAGACCAGCAAGCUGAAGUACGUCCUACGAGACGCCCGCUUCUUCCUGAUCAAGAGCAACAACCAUGAGAACGUCUCCCUGGCCAAGGCUAAGGUGCACUCCUUCAUCUUAAAGGGAUACUGCGACAUUCUGGCAUUUAGCUUCUGAGUUAAAGGGAUGCUUUGAAAUUCUGGCAUACAUAUACCUUUUGUUCUACUUCCCCCAGUGUCAGAUGAACUUGUGGAUACCAUUUUUUCAUGUCUCUGCGUGCCGUAUAAAGGAAGUUAGCGAUGCUACCGUAUCUGUAGACUUCCAGUCAUUUAUAAGUCAUACUAACGCUAGUUAGCAUUGGCUCGCGCAACUACCACUGACUUCCGUUAUACGGCACACAGAGACAUUAAAAAAAUGCUAUCCACAAGUUCAUCUGACACUGGGGGAAGUAGAACAAGGGCUUGUAUGGCAGAAUUUCACAGUAUCACUUUAACUCAGAAGCUGUGUCGCAAAUGGCACCCUAUUCCCUAUGUAGUGCACUACUUUUGACCAGGACCCAUAGGGCUCUGACCAAAACUAGUGCCAUGGUUAAAAGUAGUGCACUACAUAGUGAAUAGGGUGCUAUUUGGGACACAACCAUAGUCUCUUAAGAAGACUGUACAAAACACUGGUUACGGCAGGUAGCUUAGUGGUUAAGAGCGUUGUGCCAGUAACCGAAAAGGUCGCUGGUUCUAAUCCCCGAGCCGACUAGGUGAAAAAAUCUGUCGAUGUGCCCUUGAGCAAGGCACUUAACCCUAAUUGCUCCUGUAAGUCGCUCUGGAUAAAUGACUAAAAAUGUAAAUGCCUUUACAUACAAACAAAAGUUUGUAUGAAAAAUGUUUCCCGACGAUGAACACAAGCAAAACAGUGUAAUGUUGACUGUGUUAUUUCCAGGGGGUGUGGUCCACUCUGCCUGUAAUGAGAAGAAGCUGAACGCUGCCUUCCAUUCCGCUCGCAGCGUCAUCCUGGUCUUCUCAGUCAAGGAGAGUGGCAAGUUCCAAGGUCAAUACAGAGCUAUAGCUAUUAGGCUGCUAUUCCUGUGGUUAACUUAAUAGCCCCAUAUACAGUGGGGAGAACAAGUAUUUGAUACACUGCUGAUUUUGCAGGUUUUCCUACUUACAAAGCAUGUAGAGGUCUGUAAUUUUUUAUCAUAGGUACACUUCAACUGUGAGAGACGGAAUCUAAAACAAAAAUCCAGAAAAUCACAUUGUAUGAUUUUUAAGUAAUUCAUUUGCAUUUUAUUGCAUGACAUAAGUAUUUGAUCACCUACCAACCAGUAAGAAUUCCGGCUCUCACAGACCUGUUAGUUUUUCUUUAAGAAGCCCUCCUGUUCUCCACUCAUUACCUGUAUUAACUGCACCUGUUUGAACUCGUUACCUGUAUAAAAGACACCUGUCCACACACUCAAUCAAACAGACUCCAACCUCUCCACAAUGGCCGAGACCAGAGAGCUGUGUAAGGACAUCAGGGAUAAAAUUGUAGGCGUGCACCAGGCUGGGAUGGGCUACAGGACAAUAGGCAAGCAGCUUGGUGAGAAGGCAACAACUGUUGGCGCAAUUAUUAGAAAAUGAAAGAAGUUCAAGAUGACGGUCAAUCACCCUCGGUCUGGGGCUCCAUGCAAGAUCACCUCGUGGGGCAUCAAUGAUCAUGAGGAAGGUGAGGGAUCAGCCCAGAACUACACGGCAGGACCUGGUCAAUGACCUGAAGAGAGCUGGGACCACAGUCUCAAAGAAAACCAUUAGUAACACACUAUGCCGUCAUGGAUUAAAAUCCUGCAGCGCACGCAAGGUCCCCCUGCUCAAGCCAGCGCAUGUCCAGGCUGUCUGAAGUUUGCCAAUGACCAUCUGGAUGAUCCAGAGGAGGAAUGGGAGAACGUCAUGUGGUCUGAUGAGACAAAAAUAGAGCUUUUUGGUCUAAACUCCACUCGCCGUGUUUGGAGGAAGAAGAAGGAUGAGUACAACCCCAAGAACACCAUCCCAACAGUGAAGCAUGGAGGUGGAAACAUCAUUCUUUGGGGAUGCUUUUCUGCAAAGGGGACAGGACGACUGCACCGUAUUGAGGGGAGGAUGGAUGGUGCCAUGUAUCGCGAGAUCUUGGCCAACAACCUCCUUCCCUCAGUAAGAGCAUUGAAGAUGGGUCGUGGCUGGGUCUUCCAGCAUGACAAUGACCCGAAACACACAGCCAGGGCAACUAAGGAGAGUAAGAAGCAUCUCAAGGUCCUGGAGUGGCCUAGCCAGUCUCCAGACCUGAACCCAAUAGAAAAUCUUUGGAGGGAGCUGAAAGUCCGUAUUGCCCAGCGACAGCCCUGAAACCUGAAGGAUCUGGAGAAGGUCUGUAUGGAGGAGUGGGCCAAAAUCCCUGCUGCAGUGUGUGCAAACCUGGUCAAGACCUACAGGAAACAUAUGAACUCUGUAAUUGCAAACAAAGGUUUCUGUACCAAAUAUUAAGUUCUGCUUUUCUGAUGUAUCAAAUACUUAUGUCAUGCAAUAAAAUGCAAAUUAAUUACUUAAAAAUCAUACAAUGUGAUCAUACAAUGUGAUUUUCUGGAUUUUUGUUUUAGAUUCCGUCUCUCACAGUUGAAGGGUACCUAUGAUAAAAAUGACAGACCUCUACAUGCUUUGUAAGUAGGAAAACCUUCAAAGUCAGCAGUGUAUCAAAUACUUGUCCUCCCCACUGUAUAUGUAUUCAACUCCACCAGAAGUGUCAAAGCUCCCCCAGGACUGGAGUUGCCUUUCUUUCAAUGUUGUGUAAAUGUUGAUCGCCCUUUUUAACUCAACAGCGCGAGACGACAGUCCUGAAAUAAGGUUAAUAAAAAUGAGUGUGUCCUCCUCCAGGUUUUGCCAGGCUGUCCUCUGAGUCCCAUCAUGGAGGGUCUCCCAUCCACUGGGUCCUGCCUGCUGGGAUGAACGCCAAGAUGCUGGGUGGGGUGUUCAGGAUCGACUGGAUCUGCAGGUAAGGCCUAAGCCAUGUCUUUAUAAUGUGGUAGCUAGAAUAUAAAUGUAAAUUCAGACAGAUUAAUUACGGGACGAUUUCCCCGGACACAGAUAUAAACCUAGUCCUAGACUAAAAUGCAAACUCAAUGGAUAAUCUCCAUAUAAAAGAGCUUUUUAGUCAAGGACUGGGGUAAAUCUCUAUCUGGGAAACCGCCCCUUAGUGUUUUGUCAUCUCAGACCUGUUUUAAGACUUCUGCAUCCAUGACCUUGUUUAAAUUAAAGCUCUAAACCAUUUUAUUUUCAGACGGGAGUUGCCGUUCACUAAAACGGCUCACCUCUCCAACCCAUGGAAUGAACGCAAGCCUGUAAAGAUCGGCCGGGAUGGACAGGUGAACAUUCUCGAUUUAUAAAUUCUAUCCAUGUGCCAGAGUCGGGUCCUGUUGUAGUGCUGCGGACUCCGGACCACGCAUUGGCCCCCUGGAAAUCGGUUCAAAACCCGCCCUUUAACCUUCCAGUCUGUUUGUCCCCACAUCUGUCUCCUCGUCUAAUUCACCUCUAUCUACACCACAUGACCAAAAGUAUGUGGCACCUGCUUGUCGAACAUCUCAUUCCAAAAUCAUGGGCAAUAAUAUGGAGUUGGUCCCCCCUUUGCUGCUAUAACAGCCUCCACUCUUCUGGGAAGGCUUUCCACUAGAUGUUGGAACAUUGCUGCAGGGACUUACUUCCAUUCAGCCACGAGCAUUAUUGAGGUCGGGCACUGAUGUUGGGCGAUUAGGCCUGGCUCGCAGUCGGCGUUCAAAUUUAUUUCAAAGGUGUUUGAUGGGGUUGAUGUAAGGGCUCUGUGCAGGCCAGUCAAGUUCUUCCACACCGAUCUCGACAAACCAUUUCUGUAUGGACCUCGCUUUGUUUACGGGGGCGUUGUCAUGCUGAAACAGGAAAAGGCCUUCCCCAAACUGUUGCCACAAAGUUGGAAGCACAGAAUGUCAAUGUAUGCUGUAGUGUUAAGAUUAGGUUUAGCCCAAACCAUGAAAAACAGCCCUAGACAAUUAUUCCUCCUCCACCAAACUUUACAGUUGGCAUUCGGACAGGUAGCAUUCUCCUGGCGUCCGCCAAACCCAGAUUCGUCUGUCGGACUGCCAGAUGGUGAAGCGUGAUUCAUCACUCCAGAGAACGCGUUUCCACUGCUCCAGAGUCCAAUGGCGGCGAGCUUUACACCGCUCCAGCCGACACUUGGCAUUGCGCAUGGUGAUCUUAGGCUUGGUGCAGCUGCUCGGCCAUGGAAACCCAUUUCAUGAACCUCCCGACGAACAGCACUCGGCGGUCCUGUUCUGUGAGCUUGUGUGGCCUACCACGUCGCGGCUGAGCCGUUGUUGCUCCUAGACGUUUCCACUUCACAAUAACAGCACUUACAGUUGACCGGGGCAGCUCUAGCAGGGCAGAAAUUUGACGAACUGACUUGUUGGAAAGGUGACAUCCUAUGAUGGUGCCACAUUGAAAGUCACUGAGCUCUUCAGUAAGGCCAGUGUUUGUCUAUGGAGAUUGCAUGGCUGUGUGCUCGAUUUUAUACACCUGUCAGCAACGGGUGUGGCUGAAAUGGCCGAAUCCACUAAUUUGUCACAUGUAUAUAUCUGUCUGUAUCUAUCUGUCUCCUCUAAUUCACCUCUUUAUACAGUGCCUUCAGAAAGUAUUCACACCCCUUGACUUUUUCCACAUUUUGAUGUGUUAAAGCUUGAAUUUAUAAUGGGGCCUACACACACACUACCCCAUAAUGUCUAAGUGGAAUUAUGUUUUUAGAAAAUUAAUAAAAAAUAAAAAGUUGAAUAAGUAUUCAACCCCUUAGUUGUGGCAAGCCUAAAUAAGUUCAGUAAACAUUUACUUAACAAGUCACAUAAUAAGUUCCAUAGACUCACUCUGUGUGCAAUAAUAGUGUCUAACAUGAUUGUUGAAUGACUACCUCAUCUCUGUACCCCACACAUAUAAUUAAUCUGUAAGGUCCCUCAGUCAAGCAGUGAAUUUCAAACACAGAUUCAACCACAAAGACCAGGGAGGUUUUCCAAUGCCUCGCAAAGGAGGGCUCCUAUUGGUAGAUAAUAAAUAAAAAAUAAAAAAGGAGACAUUGAAUAUCCCUUUGACCAUGGUGAAGUUAUUAAUUACACUUUGGAUGGUGUAUCAAUACACUCAGUCACUACAAAGAUACAGGCCUCCUUCCUAACUCAGUUGCUGGAGAGGAAGGAAACCACUCAGGGAUUUCACCAUGAGGCCAAUUGUGACUUUAAAACAGUUACAGAGUUUAAUGGCUGUGAUAGGAGAAAACUGAGGAUGAAUCAACAACAUUGUAGUUACUCCACAAUACUAACCUAAAUUACAGAGUGAAAAUAAAACAGAAUAAAAAAUAUUCCAAAAUUGCAUCCUGUUUGCAAUAAGGCACUUAUCAUCGGCUUCUUGACCAAAUCUUUUAUUUCUGAGGCUCUGUAUCCGUGAGUGAGCAAAUUCUCACAGUUUCUUGCAGGAAUUUGGGACUUCACUCAUUUUCUCAUGCCGAAACCGGAUUAGAUGCAUAGCUAGUUAAAUCAGAGUUAAAAUACAAAAAUAUAAUAUUCACAAUGUCACUAAGCAAAAAACAAAGAACCAAAAUGGCAAUAGCCACUACAAUGUCAAAACAUGAUUUUGUUAUGAGUUUAGUACCGUUUGCUUGAUUUUUGCAGACCCGAGACUGGUGUAUGGUCAUUAGCUAGCUAGCUAACGUUGGCAUGCUAGCGAUGCUAGUAUUAGCUAGGUAGCUAGCACGCUCUAGUAUAGUCCAAUGGAAACCGAUGCAACCCUGCUGGCUACGUGGCUAGCUGGAUGACCGGUGGUGACAGGGAGGUCUAAUAAGUGUGAUCGUGCAGAAAUAGCAAAGAAAAUACUGUUUUGAUGAGCUAGCUAAGUUAACUAACAAAGUAUACCAGUUAUCAAAGAGGAUGCUAGCUAGCCUAGUAUGCAUGGCAGGACCAGCGAUGUCAAAGAUGGUAGACCGACUCUGGAGUUGUGUCAACAUUAAAACCAGGAUGCACAGAUGCAGCUCUCAUGAAAUGAUAUUUUAUUAGCUGUAGUUAAAAACAGACACAUACAUUCACAUAGCUAUGAGCGAGUUGUAAACUCCUGAGUGGCGCAGUGGUCUAAGGCACUGUAUCGCAGUGCUAACUGUGCCACUAGAGAUCCUGGUUCGAAUCCAGGCUCUGUCGCAGCCGGCCGCGACCGGGAGACUCAUGGGCGGCGCACAAUUGGCCCAGCGUCGUCCAGGGUAGGGGAGGGAAUGGCCGGCAGGGAUGUAGCUCAGUUGAUAGAGCAUGGCGUUUGCAACGCCAGGGUUGUGGGUUAGAUUCCCACGGGGGCCAGUAUAAAAAAUAUAUAUAUAUGUAUUCACUAACUGUAAGUCGCUCUGGAUAAGAGCGUCUGCUAAAUGACUAAAAUGUAAAUGUAAACUAAAAUAGUUUGCUAGAUAUCAUCUAUCUUGCUAUCGCAUUUUUUUUUUUAAAAAAAAAAUGCAUACGACAAAAUAUCUCUCAAUACAUUGCAUAUUGGUCCACAAUUCCUCUGACAUUUGGCUCGUAGUUGAAGAAAGAAGUGGAGACCAGAUCACAGCAAACAGGAGAGGAAUUGUAGAAAUAGGCCUUUUGACUUUGUGGCUGUGGUAACUAGUGAUGACCUAGAAUUGUCUUACAUUUACAUUUUACAUUUUUUUUGUCAUUUAGCAGACGCUCUUAUCCAGAGCGACUUACAGGAGCAAUUAGGGUUAAGUGCCUUGCUCAAGGGCACAUCGACAGAUUUUUCACCUAGUCGGCUCGGCGAUUAGAACCAGCGACCUUAAGGUUACUGGCACAACGCUCUUAACCACUAAGCUACCUGCCGCCCCGUACCUGCUGACCCAAAUUACUGCCCUGAUGACACAGACGGCUUCAUCAACAACGGUAAUGUGUGUUAUGUGAGAAGUUGUAUACCAAAAAUACCCGGUUUGAUAGUAGACCCAGUAGUAGUCAUUUUGGUCGUGAAGCUUUGUUCUUUCUUUAGAAUAAAAUUCAUUUUACCACUUGGCUGUCUAUUGCAUCACACUGUCACAGUCCCACCCAGUCAACACCACCUCAGUUACCGCGGUUUCCAAACUAGGGGGUCGCCAUGUGUUGUCGCCUGAUAUGAAAAUGGGGUCUCUGGAGAAUUUCCAAAGUCCUGAAAGAAAGUUGUGUGUGUGUAUGUGUGUGUAUAUAUAUAUAUAUAUAGUCUUUAUCUCAAUCAUUGUAAUGUGGUUAACCUUAAAAAUCUCAAUAAAGAUUAUUCUAAUCCAAUAGAUAGAAUUCAACCAGGUGAUUGGUGGAAAAGGCUGCACUUGACCGUUGCACUUUAAUCAUUCCAACGCUACGCUAUGAAACCACACACUCAAAUCAAAUUGUAUUUGUCACAUGCGCCGAAUACAACAGUUGUGAAAUUAUUACUUACAAGCCCUUAACCAACAAUGCAGUUUUAAGAAAAUAGAGUUAAGUAAAUAUUUACUAAAUAAACUAAAGUUAAAAAUAAAAGAGCAACAAUAAAAUAACAAUAGCGAGGCUAUAUACAGGGGGUACCGGUACAGAGUCAAUGUGCGGGGGUACAAGUUAGUCAAGGUAAUUGAGGUAAUAUGUACAUGUAGGUAGGUGUAAAGUGACUAUGCGUAGAUAAUAAACAGCGAGUAGCGGCAGCGUAAAAAAAUGGCUUGGGGGUAGAAGCUGUUAAGUCUUUUGGACCUAGACUUGGCGCUCCGGUACCGCUUGAACAGUCUAUGACUAGGGUGGAUGGAGUCUGGCGAUUUUUAGGGCCUUCCUCUGACACAGCCUGGUAUAGAGGUCCUGGAUGGCAGGAAGCUUGGCCCCAGUGAGGUGCUGGGCCGUACGCACUACCCUUUGUAGCGUCUUGCGGUCGGAGGCCGAGCAGUUGCCACCAGUCAGGAUGGUGCAGCUGUAGAACUUUUUGAGGAUCUGAGGACCCAUGCUUUUCAGUCUCCUGUGGAGAAAUGGGCGUUGUCAUGCCCUCUUCACGACUGUCUUGGUGUGUUUGGACCAUGAUAGUUUGUUGGUGAUGUGGACACCAAGGAACUGGAAGCUCUUGACCCGCUCCACUAGAGCCCCGUCGAUGUGGCUGGGGGCGUGCUCGGCCCUCCUUUUCCUGUAGUCCACGAUCAUCUCCUUUGUCUUGAUCACGUUGAGGGAGAGGUUGUUGUCCUGGCACCACACGGCCAGGUCUCUGACCUCCUCCCUAUAGGCUGUCUCAUCGUUGUCGGUGAUCAGGCCUACCACUGUUAUGUCGUCAGCAAACUUAAUGAUGGUGUUGGAGUCGUGCCUGGCCAUGCAGCCAUGGGUGAACAGGGAGUACAGGAGGGGACUAAGCACGCACCCCUGAGGGGCCCCCGUGUUGAGGAUCAGCGUGGCGGAUGUGUUGUUACCUACCCUUACCACCUGGGGGCGGCCCGUCGAAGUCCAGGAUCCAGUUGCAGAUGGAGGUGUUUGGUCUCAGGGUCCUUAGCUUGGUGAUGAGCUUUGAGGGCACUAUGGUGUUGAACGCUGAGCUGUAGUCAAAGAAUAGCAUUCUCACGUAGGUGUUCCUCUUGUCCAGGUGGGAAAGGGCAGUGUGGAGUGCAAUAAAGAUUGCGUAAUCUGUGGAUCUGUUGGGGCGGUAUGCAAAUUGGAGUGGGUCUAGGGAUUCUGGGAUGAAGGAGUUGAUGUGAGCCAUGACCAGCCUUUCAAAGCACUUCAUGGCUACAGACGUGAGUGCUACGGGUCAGUAGUCAUUUAGGCAGGUUACCUUAGUGUUCUUGGGCACGGGCUAUGGUGGUCUGCUUGAAAAGUACACUACCAGUCAAAAGUUUGGACAGACCUACUCAUUCAAGGGUUUUUCUUUAUUAGUAAAAUUUUUACAUUGUAGAAUAAUAGUGAAGACAUCAAAACUAUAAAAUAACACAUAUGGAAUCAUGUAGUAACCAAAAAAGUGUUAAACAAAUCAUAAUAUAUUUUAUAUUUGAGAUUCUUCAAAUAGCCACCCUUUGCAUUGAUGACAGCUUUGCACUCUCUUGCCGAGUUCCCAGUUGUCUUCAAAGCACCAAAAAGAAGAGACCUCUGGUGGCAUGUCUUGUGGGGUAUGCAUGGGAGUCCGAGCUGUGUGCCAGUAGUUCAAACAGACAGCUUGGUGCAUUCAACAUGUCAAUACCUCUCACAAAUACAAGUAGUGAUGAAGUCAAUCUCUCCUCCACUUUGAGCCAGGAGAGAUUGACAUGCAUAUUAUUAUUGUUAGCUCUCUGUGUACAUUUAAGGGCCAGCCGAGCUGCACUGUUCUGAGCCAAUUGCAAUUUUCCUAAGUCCCUCUUUGUGGCACCUGACCACACGACUGAAACAGUAGUCCAGGAGUGACAAAACUAGGGCCUGUAGGAUCUGCCUUGUUGAUAGUGCUGUUAAGAAGGCAGAGCAGCGCUUUAUUAUGGACAGACUUCUCCCCAUCUUAGCUACUGUUGUAUUAAUAUGUUUUGACCAUGACAGUUUACAAUCCAGGGUUACUCCAAGCAGUUUAGUCACCUCAACUUGCUCAAUUUCCACAUUAUUCAUUACAAGAUAACACGACAAAAUGUGGAAUAAGUCAAGGGGUAUGAAUACUUUCUGAAAGCACUAUCUAUCCAAUAAAGAGAAAAUACUAUCCAUCCUUUUCUCGCUAACUAUUCACUCUCAUGCAAAUUACCCUAUAGAUUGACCGGCGGCUAACCAAUUAACGGUUAACCGUUAAUGUCCCUAAAGUGAAUAGUUAGUUAGAGUAAAUAGUUAAGACUAACUAACUAUUCACUCUAAACUAUUCACACUAACUUAGUUUGAUUCACAGAUAUUCUAUGGGUUGAUCUACUAAUCUGCCCCCCUCUCUCCCGUCCUCCUCCGGCCCUGCAGGAGAUCGAGCCAGGGUGUGGGAUGCAGCUGUGCAUGCUGUUCCCCCAGGACGAGAGCAUUGACUUGUAUCAAGUUAUUCAUAAAAUGCGACACAAGAGGAGGAUGCCUUAUGAGUCCCGCUCUCGAGGACGCCCGCCGCACAGAGAGCCCGCCCGAGGCGACCUGGGAAGGUUAGAAAUGUUAUUUGGACUGCUAGUGAGCUCUUUUGUCGACGUGAUGAUGGAGCGGUUCUGAUAUGACCAUCUAACCGUCCUUCCCAGAGUGCUCUGCUCUCAUCACAUCCCAACGAAGAGGGAAACCUGAAAUCCUCUGGGCUGCUGCCAAGGACCGCAUACAGCCGCUCUGAGGAGGAUAGAUAUAUCUAUGGCCCAGUGCUAACCACAGUAUCUAUGGCCCAGUGCUAACCACAGUAUCUAUGGCCCAGUGCUAACCACAGUAUCUAUGGCCCAGUGCUAACCACAGUAUCUAUGGCCCAGUGCUAACCACAGUAUCUAUGGCCCAGUGCUAACCACAGUAUCUAUGGCCCAGUGCUAACCACAGUAUCUAUGGCCCAGUGCUAACCACAGUAUCUAUGGCCCAGUGCUAACCACAGUAUCUAUGGCCCAGUGCUAACCACAGUAUAUAUAGGCCGGUGCUAACCACAGUAUCUAUGGCCCAGUGCUAACCACAGUAUAUAUAGGCCGGUGCUAACCACAGUAUCUAUGGCCCAGUGCUAACCACAGUAUCUAUAGGCCGGUGCUAACCACAGUAUCUAUGGCCCAGUGCUAACCACAGUAAAUAUAGGCCGGUGCUAACCACAGUAUAUACAGUGGGGAAAAAAAGUAUUUAGUCAGCCACCAAUUGUGCAAGUUCUCCCACUUAAAAAGAUGAGAGAGGCCUGUAAUUUUCGUCAUAGGUACACGUCAACUAUGACAGACAAAAUGAGAAAAAAUUAUCCAGAAAAUCACAUUGUAGGAUUUUUAAUGAAUUUAUUUGCAUAUUAUGGUGGAAAAUAAGUAUUUGGGCAAUAACAAAAGUUUCUCAAUACUUUGUUAUAUACCCUUUGUUGGUAAUGACACAGGUCAAACGUUUUCUGUAAGUCUUCACAAGGUUUUCACACACUGUUGCUGGUAUUUUGGCCCAUUCCUCCAUGCAGAUCUCCUCUAGAGCAGUGAUGUUUUGGGGCUGUCGCUGGGCAACACAGACUUUCAACUCCCUCCAAAGAUUUGCUAUGGGGUUGAGAUCUGGAGACUGGCUAGGCCACUCCAGGACCUUGAAAUGCUUCUUACGAAGCCACUCCUUCGUUGCCCGGGCGGUGUGUUUGGGAUCAUUGUCAUGCUGAAAGACCCAGCCAUGUUUCAUCUUCAAUGCCCUUGCUGAUGGAAGGAGGUUUUCACUCAAAAUCUCACGAUACAUGGCCCCAUUCAUUCUUUCCUUUACACGGAUCAGUCGUCCUGGUCCCUUUGCAGAAAAACAGCCCCAAAGCAUGAUGUUUCCAUCCCCAUGCUUCACAGUAGGUAUGGUGUUCUUUGGAUGCAACUCAGCAAUCUUUGUCCUACAAACACGACGAGUUGAGUUUUUACCAAAAAGUUAUAUUUUGGUUUCAUCUGACCAUAUGACAUUCUCCCAAUCCUCUUCUGGAUCAUCCAAAUGCACUCUAGCAAACUUCAGACGGGCCUGGACAUGUACUGGCUUAAGCAGGGGGACACGUCUGGCACUGUAGGAUUUGAGUCCCUGGCGGCGUAGUGUGUUACUGAUGGUAGGCUUUGUUACUUUGGUCCCAGCUCUCUGCAGGUCAUUCACUAGGUCCCCCUGUGUGGUUCUGUGAUUUUUGCUCACCGUUCUUGUGAUCAUUUUGACCCCACGGGGUGAGAUCUUGCGUGGAGCCCCAGAUCGAGGGAGAUUAUCAGUGGUCUUGUAUGUCUUCCAUUUCCUAAUAAUUGCUCCCACAGUUGAUUUCUUCAAACCAAGCUGCUUACCUAUUGCAGAUUCAGUCUUCCCAGCCUGGUGCAGGUCUACAAUUUUGUUUCUGGUGUCCUUUGACAGCUCUUUGGUCUUGGCCAUAGUGGAGUUUGGAGUGUGACUGUUUGAGGUUGUGGACAGGUGUCUUUUAUACUGAUAACAAGUUCAAACAGGUGCCAUUAAUACAGGUAACGAGUGGAGGACAGAGGAGCCUCUUAAAGAAGAAGUUACAGGUCUGUGAGAGCCAGAAAUCUUGCUUGUUUGUAGGUGACCAAAUACUUAUUUUCCACCAUAAUUUGCAAAUAAAUUCAUUAAAAAUCCUACAAUGUGAUUUUCUGGAUUAUUUUUUCUCAAUUUGUCUGUCAUAGUUGACGUGUACCUAUGAUGAAAAUUACAGGCCUCUCUCAUCUUUUUAAGUGGGAGAACUUGCACAAUUGGUGGCUGACUAAAUACUUUUUCUCCCCACUGUAUAGGCCGGUGCUAACCACAGUAAAUAUAGGCCGGUGCUAACCACAGUAUAUAUAGGCUGGUGCUAACCACAGUAUAUAUAGGCAGGUGCUAACCACAGUAUAUAUAGGCCGGUGCUAACCACAGUAAAUAUAGGCCGGUGCUAACCACAGUAUAUAUAGGCCGGUGCUAACCACAGUAUAUAUAGGCCGGUGCUAACCACAGUAUAUAUAGGCCGGUGCUAACCACAGUAUAUAUAGGCCGGUGCUAACCACAGUAUCUAUAGGCCGGUGCUAACCUCAGUAUAUAUAGGCCGGUGCUAACCACAGUAUAGAGGCCGGUGCUAACCACAGUGUAUAUAUAGGCCGGUGCUAACCACAGUGUAUAUAUAGGCCGGUGCUAACCACAGUAUAUAUAGGCCGGUGCUAACCACAGUAUAUAUAGGCCGGUGCUAACCACAGUGUAUAUAUAGGCCGGUGCUAACCACAGUAUAUAUAGGCCGGUGCUAACCACAGUAUAUAUAGGCCGGUGCUAACCACAGUAUAUAUAGGCCGGUGCUAACCACAGUAUAUAUAGGCCGGUGCUAACCACAGUAUAUAUAGGCCGGUGCUAACCACAGUAUAUAUAGGCCGGUGCUAACCACAGUAUAUAUAGGCCGGUGCUAACCACAGUAUAUAUAGGCCGGUGCUAACCACAGUAUAUAUAGUCCGGUGCUAACCACAGUAUCUAUAGGCCGGUGCUAACCACAGUAUAUAUAGGCCGGUGCUAACCACAGUAUAUAUAGUCCGGUGCUAACCUCGUUACUAGUAGGCUGAGUCUGGCUUGUUUCUGUCUGCACGUGGUGGUGAUGUAUAAUUCAGUGUAAAGAAACUGGGGUCUUGAUAUCUCCCUGAGUAAUGAAUGCAGUCUCGGUGUGAAAAUGUAUGCACUCACCAACUGUAAGUCGCUCUGGAUAAGAGCGUCUGCUAAAUGACUAAAAUGUAAAUGUACAUUUGAACCAUCGUACUAGCUACUUAAACCACCGACAUUUUAGUUGUUUAUACACACUUUUCAACAGUCAUCAGGUUCACUGCUUGAAUGCAUUUCUCUAGGUAAGUUGUUUUAAAUAUGUUCCCAAAGUCUCUUCUUUCAGGAGUAUCCUGGGAAAUAAACCUAAUCAUAUAUGGGACUUAUAAACCUAAUCAUAUAUGAGGACUUAUAAACCUAAUCAUAUAUGAGGACUUAAACCUAAUCAUAUAUGUGACUUAUAAACCUAAUCAUAUAUGGGACUUAUAAACCUAAUCAUAUAUGGGGACUUAAACCUAAUCAUAUAUGGGACUUAUAAACCUAAUCAUAUAUGGGGACUUAUAAACCUAAUCAUAUAUGGGGACUUAUAAACCUAAUCAUAUAUGGGACUUAUAAACCUAAUCAUAUAUGGGGACUUAUAAACCUAAUCAUAUAUGGGACUUAUAAACCUAAUCAUAUAUGGGGACUUAUAAACCUAAUCAUAUAUGGGGACUUAUAAACCUAAUCAUAUAUGGGGACUUAUAAACCUAAUCAUAUAUGAGGACUUAUAAACCUAAUUAUAUAUGAGGACUUAUAAACCUAAUCAUAUAUGGGGACUUAUAAACCUAAUCAUAUAUGAGGACUUAUAAACCUAAUCAUAUAUGAGGACUUAAACCUAAUCAUAUAUGGGACUUAUAAACCUAAUCAUAUAUGGGACUUAAACCUAAUCAUAUAUGGGGACUUAAACCUAAUCAUAUAUGGGACUUAUAAACCUAAUCAUAUAUGGGGACUUCUAAACCUAAUCAUAUAUGGGGACUUAUAAACCUAAUCAUAUAUGGGGACUUCUAAACCUAAUCAUAUAUGGGGACUUCUAAACCUAAUCAUAUAUGGGGACUUAUAAACCUAAUCAUAUAUGGGGACUUAUAAACCUAAUCAUAUAUGGGGACUUAUAAACCUAAUCAUAUAUGGGGACUUAUAAACCUAAUCAUAUAUGGGGACUUAUAAACCUAAUCAUCAUAUAUGGGGACUUAUAAACCUAAUCAUCAUAUAUGGGGACUUAUAAACCUAAUCAUAUAUGGACUUACAGUAUGAUAUAAUAUAACGACAACUUACACUGCCAUAAAUGGAAGGACAGAAAAGUAAUGUUUUAUGUCACAUGAUUUUGGACAAAUCCGUCAAGACACCAAACAUGAUAAAAGGGUUAAACAGGUUUUAAAUCAACUCGUGAAUUUGAUUGAGUAUUGCUAUGACCCCCCCCCCCCCCCCUAUUGUUGACCUAUCAACAGCUGGAACAAGUUGUCCAGUGGAAGAAACCCUCAGUAGUACCCUAGUUUAUAGAAAGACCCAUAUGGUACCCUAGUUUAUAGAAAGACCCAUAUGGUACCCUAGUUUAUAGAAAGACCCAUAUGGUACCCUAGUUUAUAGAAAGACCCAUAUGGUACCCUAGUUUAUAGAAAGACCCAUAUGGUACCCUAGUUUAUAGAAAGACCCAUAUGGUACCCUAGUUUAUAGAAAGACCCAUAUGGUACCCUAGUUUAUAGAAAGACCCAUAUGGUACCCUAGUUUAUAGAAAGACCCAUAUGGUACCCUAGUUUAUAGAAAGACCCAUAUGUAUCUUUACCCCUGGGGGGGGAGAGCCUGAGAGGAGGCAGUAUGGUCUGAACUCUACAGUGGGGGAAAAAGUAUUUAGUCAGCCACCAAUUGUGCAAGUUCUCCCACUUAAAAAGAUGAGAGAGGCCUGUAAUUUUCAUCAUAGGUACACGUCAACUAUGACAGACAAAAUGAGAAAAAAAAAUCCAGAAAAUCACAUUGUAGGACUUUUAAUGAAUUUAUUUGCAAAUUAUGGUGGAAAAUAAGUAUUUUGUCAAUAACAAAAGUUUCUCAAUACUUUGUUAUAUACCCUUUGUUGGCAAUGACACAGGUCAAACGUUUUCUGUAAGUCUUCACAAGGUUUUCACACACUGUUGCUGGUAUUUUGGCCCAUUCCUCCAUGCAGAUCUCCUCUAGAGCAGUGAUGUUUUGGGGCUGUCGCUGGGCAACACGGACUUUCAACUCCCUCCAAAGAUUUUCUAUGGGGUUGAGAUCUGGAGACUGGCUAGGCCACUCCAGGACCUUGAAGUGCUUCUUACGAAGCCACUCCUUCGUUGCCCGGGCGGUGUGUUUGGGAUCAUUGUCAUGCUGAAAGACCCAGCCACGUUUCAUCUUCAAUGCCCUUGCUGAUGAAAGGAGGUUUUCACUCAAAAUCUCACGAUACAUGGCCCCAUUCAUUCUUUCCUUUACACGGAUCAGUCAUCCUGGUCCCUUUGCAGAAAAACAGCCCCAAAGCAUGAUGUUUCCACCCCCAUGCUUCACAGAUUUCUUCAAACCAAGCUGCUUACAUAUUGCAGAUUCAGUCUUCCCAGCCUGGUGCAGGUCUACAAUUUUGUUUCUGGUGUCCUUUGACAGCUCUUUGGUCUUGGCCAUAGUGGAGUUUGGAGUGUGACUGUUUGAGGUUGUGGACAGGUGUCUUUUAUACUGAUAACAAGUUCAAACAGGUGCCAUUAAUACAGGUAACGAGUGGAGGACAGAGGAGCCUCUUAAAGAAGAAGUUACAGGUCUGUGAGAGCCAGAAAUCUUGCUUGUUUGUAGGUGACCAAAUACUUAUUUUCCACCGUAAUUUGCAAAUAAAUUCAUAAAAAAUCCUACAAUGUGACUUUCUGGAUUUUCUUUUCUCAAUUUGUCUGUCAUAGUUGACAUGUACCUAUGAUGAAAAUUACAGGCCUCUCUCAUCUUUUAAGUGUGAGAACUUGCACAAUUGGUGGCUGACUAAAUACUUUUUUCCCCCACUGUAUAUAUCUACCACUGGGAGGAGGCAGUAUGAUCUGAACUCUAUACAUCUACCACUGGGAGGAGGCAGUAUGAUCUGACCUCUAUACAUCUACCACUGGGAGGAGGCAGUAUGAUCUGACCUCUAUACAUCUACCACUGGGAGGAGGCAGUAUGAUCUGACCUCUAUACAUCUACCACUGGGAGCAGAGGAGGCAGUAUGGCCGGGUUGAUAAAACAAACGUCGUUCACUCACUCGCUCUUCAGCAGACGUUCCUUUAACCAAAGGAUAUCUGUUGAACUGAAAUAAUUAUUAUCCUAUUGUUCACUUAAAACCACCCCCCCCUACACCCCCUCCGCAGGAAAUCAUAUUGGCGUGAUUUUGUUUUGUGUAGGUGGUUAGGGAAAUCUAAAGGACUAGGUUAGGAGUGUUUCCUAAAGGACAGGAGUGUUUCCAUACCCUAACCUAAAGGACUAGGUUAGGAGUGUUUCCUAAAGGACAGGAGUGUUUCCAUACCCUAACCUAAAGGACUAGGUUAGGAGUGUUUCCUAAAGGACAGGAGUGUUUCCAUACCCUAACCUAAAGGACUAGGUUAGGAGUGUUUCCUAAAGGACAGGAGUGUUUCCAUACCCUAACCUAAAGGACUAGGUUAGGAGUGUUUCCUAAAGGACAGGAGUGUUUCCAUACCCUAACCUAAAGGACUGAGAAUAAGGUAGGAGGAGACCCACUGGCAGAAUGUUACAAACCCACUCGUUUCCUUUUGAAGGCCUUAAUGGACUGAGAAUGACACCACAAGGAAGGGAAGUUCUAAGCCAAAGGGGGUCGGUCACCUUUUGGUUUAUAAAAUGGCCGGAGUGAAGCUAAUCCUCUGGUGUUUUCUUUUUGAUUGCAAUGGACUGCAUCAAUCACCCCUUCUUUGCCCUCCCAGCCCGGCCCCUUCCUUGUAAUGUCUUUGUGGCUGUAGACCCUAAACCAUAAGAUGGACUGUCUAUAUGAACUUUUGAUAUCUUAAUAUCAACGGUGACAGUCACAAAACUACAAGAAAAAGCGGUAUGUUACCAUUUUAACCAGCUCUUUCUCAUUUACCUGUAGACCGUUUAUUUACAGCUGAGUUAACUAUCUGGUUAAUUUUAAUUGAACAUGGAAGGUGUUUGUUGUGUGGUAUCAGUGAUUUACAUUGUUAUAUUGAUGGCUGGCCAGAAGCAGUAACAAUGUAAGGGAUAAUCAACUCGGGGCUCUGUGCGUUCUAUAGAAAAUAAUGAACGACGUGACCUUUCCACAGAGUUGCAUUAUUAUCCAGAGAACACGUAGAGCCCAGAGUUGAUUAUAACCCUUUAUACCACGGCUAUAAUUUAACACAUUUGCCCGCUAGAAAUGUGUUUAAUUUGCCGCUAGAAAUGUGUUCAACGUCCACUGAAGUAGCUUGCUAGUUUACUACAUAGCUACAGUAGUUGCCUUGGUAACCAAACAGACUUGCUAGUUUAGCUAACCAAACCAUCAGUACUCGCUUGCUAUUAUGAAAAUCGAAUUCAACACUAAUAAUACUGUUUUCAAUUAGACUUCUCCUUUCAAAAGCUGCUCAAACAAAACAUGUAAAAAUUAACUAUAGCCAUUUAAUUCUACCAUGCAAAUAUACUGUGCAUUAUAGGGAAAUAAUGCACGCUCUAGAAUGCCCUUCAAGCCAAUCAGAAAGGAGUAUUCAGCAAUGUCAUGGUAUAAAUUGGUUUAAUUGUUAUAUUAAAGAAGCAGUAACUAUAUUGGUUUAAUGCAGGGAUUACGGUCUCUAGCUCCUUAUUGGAUAACACAAGGGGGUAAAUAACAGAUGCCCCAAACAUUUUAUCUAACAAUGAUGCACUUCAACAGUUACAGUACUGUAAACAUCCUGUUUUAGCUGCAGAAUUGGCUGAACUGUUAUGGAACUAAGCUGAACAAAAACUAACUGGUGAAUUAACUGUCUACAAGCAGUAAGAUCUCAUUGAGAAUGUAAUGGUUGAUCAAGCAGUAAGAUGUCAUUGAGAAUAUAAUGGUUGAUUUGAUAGUCUGCUCAGUAUAACUCUGUACAUGUUUAGUGUUUUUAAAUGACUACUAAGUGUGUUAUGGUAUAGUCUGUUCAGAUUGCAUCAGAAAUGUUUGUAUCUAUGAUGUUAAAGGGUUACUAGGAUGUUGGGCUGUAUCUAUGAUGUUAAAGGGCUACUAGGAUGUUGGGCUGUAUCUAUGAUGUUAAAGGGCUACUAGGAUGUUGGGCUGUAUCUAGGAUGUUAAAGGGUUACUAGGAUGUUGUGCUGUAUCUAUGAUGUUAAAGGGCUACUAGGAUGUUGGGCUGUAUCUAUGAUGUUAAAGGGCUACUAGGAUGUUUUGCUGUAUCUUGUGUAUCCUGGCAUUUGUCUCAAUUGUUUACCUAAUUCAUGUAGGCAUCGGCCAGAGGAAAAUGCCAUUCACAACAGGAAACGCCCGAGGAUUGACUAUCCAGCAGAGUUCCCACAGAGACCAGGUUACUAUUACUAACAUAUGAAUUGGUACAGUAUGAAAAUGAUGGGGUGCGUCCCAAAUGGCACCCUAUUC